GCUGGCCGCAACCAUGACGAUGCCGUAAGUCCUUUGCCAUUGGUCGACGUCUAUGUCACUAAGGUUGGGCCAAACAAGGUAGUGUGAAGCAGUGUCGGGAUGGAUGCAGCCACUCUCACAUACGACACGCUUCGCUUUGGGGAGUUUGAGGAUUUCCCAGAGACGCCGGAGCCUGUCUGGAUCCUGGGGAAACAGUUCAAUGCACUAAAGGAGAAGGAUGACAUUUUGGCUGACAUUACUUCACGGAUGUGGUUCACCUACAGAAAGAACUUCCAGCCAAUUGGAGGGACAGGACCCACAUCUGACACUGGCUGGGGUUGUAUGCUGCGAUGUGGGCAGAUGAUCCUUGCAGAGGCCUUGAUCCGUAGACACUUAGGCCGAGACUGGAGAUGGGUAAGAGGUCAGCGCCAGAGAGAGGAGUACAUCAGCAUCCUCAAUGCCUACAUAGACAAGAAGGACAGCUACUAUUCCAUCCACCAGAUAGCUCAGAUGGGGGUGGGAGAAGGCAAGUCCAUAGGCCAGUGGUAUGGCCCUAAUACAGUGGCACAGGUACUCAAGAAACUGGCAGUGUUUGACAAAUGGAGCCGACUGGCAGUUCACGUGGCAAUGGACAAUACUGUGGUCAUCGAGGAAAUCAAGAGGUUGUGUAUGCCAUGGUUGGACUUUGAGAGGGGUGCAUGUGCAGAGCCGGAGGGACCCCUGGAGAUAAAUGGGUGUCUGGAGGGGGCUUGUGCACUGGCCGAGGAGGCUCUCUGGAAACCACUAGUUCUGCUAAUCCCCCUGCGACUAGGCCUCAGCGACAUCAACGAGGCCUACAUAGAAACUCUAAAGCAAUGCUUCAUGAUGCCUCAGUCUUUAGGAGUAAUCGGUGGGAAGCCUAACAGCGCACACUACUUUAUAGGCUUUGUUGGUGAGGAGCUGAUCUACCUGGACCCCCACACGACUCAGCCGGCUGUAGAGCCGUGUGAAAGUGGCCAGAUUCAGGAUGACUCUUAUCAUUGUCAGCACCCACCCUGCCGCAUGCACAUUUGUGAGCUCGACCCAUCCAUAGCUGCUGGUUUUUUCUGCCAAACAGAGGACGACUUUGAUGACUGGUGUGCGCAUAUUCGAAAAUUAUCAACCUGUAGAGGUGGUCUUCCCAUGUUUGAGCUGGUAGACAGUCAGCCAUCCCAUCUAAUCAACACUGAAGUCCUUAAUCUCACGCCAGAUUUCUCUGACUCAGACCGACUCGAGCGUUUUUUUGACUCUGAAGACGAAGAAUUUGAGAUCCUGUCUUUGUGAGGAUGAGGAAGAGAGUGAUUGUUCAACUGACAGCUCAGUGCUAGACUCCCCUCAGUGGAGGUAAAGGAGUCCGAGAGGAGUAGUACCACUGACACGAGGCCUGCCUGGCAUUUGGUGGCAUAGUCGCCUGCGUCAAACACAGCUUUCCGCUCUACAGCUAUACUGACUGCUCUCUGCAUCAUCCUGAGUAAACCCUGAGGUCAGAGGUUAUCGUCACAGACUCUCAGGAUUACCUCAGUAUGUGCAUUUUCACAUUAAUGUGUAUCCAUUUUGAGUCUUAACACUUUUGUUAUUUUCAAGUGAUAUGGUGCCUUUUACCCUCCAACCCUAAUGCAGAUUUGCCAUAACUCACUUUUGGUGGUCGUCU